AUGCCCUUCGGACGCAGAACCCACCACCACCACACCACUACCACCACGCGCCCCCGACGUCGUGGCCUCUUCUCCCGUCGCCCUCGCCAUGUCCAUCAUCAGAAGCGCAAGCCUACCAUGAAAGACAAGGUUAGCGGUGCGUUGAUGAAAAUUCGGGGUAGUUUGACUAGACGCCCUGGUCUCAAGGCUGCUGGGACUCGACGUAUGCAUGGGACGGAUGGACGGGGUCACCACAAGCAUGCCCACAUCUUCUAA